GGCAGCCCCGCUGGGCAGUGAGGAGCAGGCCUGGGCCAGGGCGCUUGCAACGCAUGGGAGGCCGGGAACCCAGUGAAAAGCAGCCGCUAGGGGGAGGAUUUUCUAAGCAUAAAAACGAAGAAAGGUAGCAUAAAGGGGACAGUUAGCAGGUUCGAGAACAUGUCAAAAACCAGUACAAUCAAUACCAAGAGACCAAUGCCAGACUGGGGGAAGCGUCUGCACCAAGUGUCGCGUGCAGAUAGGAUAUCAGCAGAAACAAGCUCAUGAAGCAAACCUAGGAGAAGGUGACAACCAGCAGAAAAGCACAUGAAACGCGCCCAGAGUCAGCGAGGGCCGAGCCUCGGUUAAACCAGGAGGGCGCUGGCGGCCCGACGUGCCUCCCCAGCACGGAGACCGCCUCUCACGUGGGGACACAGGCGGCCGGGCCUUGACCUGUGGCUUCCACUCGGCACGUCGGUCCCGAGCAGACGGCCCACAGAGCGCAGCUGUGCGUGUCAUCUGCUGUGGCAGGGUUCAUCCCGGGGAACCCGAGCUGCUCCCCGGGGAGCGACCCAGGAGCAGGCGGGGAGCCCCUUGCCCUGAUGAAAGCCUCAGCAGCCCCUGUGUCUGUGAUGACGUCCACAGCUGCGCGCCCCAGAGGACAGUGCCCCAGCCUCGCCUGAGCCGCCAGGCCUGCCUCCCCGUGUCUCCUUCAGCUGGCCCUGCAGGCUCAGCAGCCCACAGCCCCUGCUCCCUUCUGCACCCUCUGUCAGGGCCUUAGUCCUUCCUCAGCGCUACUAGAGUGGACCCUAGGGCCCUGGGAGACCCAGAAGUCCAGAAGAUCGGAAGGACUGGGACAAGAAAGGGGAGCAGGGAGGAAGGGCAGCGGGGAGUCAAGAGUCACGGGGGCCUCCCGGGGGCCUGCUGGGCGCGGCUGAUCCCAGGGCAACCCACCUCGCGGGCCAGGGGAGGGGCGCUUCAGGGCUGGACAGUGCUUCCCAGGGAGUCCCUGGCAAUGGGGGGACCCAUGUCCAGUCAGUGAGGUCACAGAGCCCUGUGAUGUCCCUAGGGGAGGGGAGCCAGAGACCCUGAUAAUGAAUUUUGACCAGAAGGCAGUGAAAUUCCUGGCAAAUUUUCACAUCAAUGGAGGCAGACACUGGACCCAUGGCUCCCUGAAGCAGAAGCCACCUGUGACUUCCCAGCUCAAUGCUACUGUGCUGUUGUCAGGCCUGGAACCAGGGCUGGGGGCCUCCAGGGGGGAGAUGUGGCCCCCAGCGGUGCAGGAGCUCCAGGUGGGGCUCAGGACGCAAACCAGCCCCCUCCAGGAGCCCCUUACUCGGAACCUGAGGGAGCUGUUGCUGGAGCAACGCCCUCCCAUCGUGACGGACCUGCAUGUUCCUGGCCCCACCAAGUACGAGGUGCCAGACGCGUCAGUGCGAGAGUCCUCCCCACACCCCCACUUCAGCAUCGGCCGCAGGCACCCCACCCACGAGGGUGGUGGCCGCAGGGCGUGGCAGACUGCGUGGUUCCAGAGUGAAAGCCCCUUCACUCAGAAAGCUGACUUCAGUCGAGAGCAGAAGUGGCCAUCGCCUGCGGACUACCAGCUGCCCAGCCCGCCUGCGUGCCCGGCCUUCAGCUUCAGGGGCCGCCCUACCUCCAGGCCGCCUGAGGUCCGAGCCCGCCAGGGGGUGCUGCAGGCCUGGGGCACGGGGCCCCAGGGCCAGCCCCUCCUGCAGGCCCCUCCGCCCACAGGGGACAAGACGGGCCCUGGCCCCAGCACCUACAACAUCCUUCCCGGCUGCCGACUGAAGGGCCCGUGCCCACCUGCCUUCUCCAUGGGCCGCUCGCCCCUGCUGGCGUCCUGGGUGGGCUCCUCCUGCACCCCAGGCCCGGCCGCCUACAACGUGGAGGACUGCUACAGGUCACGGCUCCCCUCGGCACCCGGGGUGGUCAUCCAAGGUACCACGAGAGCUACUCCCACUGUGCUGGCAUCAUCCCUUUCCGCAGGGAGGCCAAGGACAAGGGAGGGUGAGUGCUGUGCACUGGACCCUCCUCCAGGGCUGAGCCAGCUGGCGGCCAAGCCCCAGCACCCCAGGACUCAGAACAGUGGGACGGCAGGCCACGGGCACUGGGCCCUGGGCUGGCCAGAGCUAUGGAGCCCUGACCUUUCGAGUCUGGCCCGAGGUCAGGGCACUAGGAGCCCUGUAUGGGCUUCUUGUGUUGCAAGGUGGGCUGUUGAGUGGGGCGGGACCUCAGCCUGAGGGCCUGGCACUUUGGGUGCGUCAGGGGAUUAGACGCUCAAGGCAGUGAGAGGACAGCCAUCUUUGUCACACUGCCACUGCGUGCCCGGGUCUCUGCUAGGGACUUCCUACUUUGAGGCACUUCCCAUUAGAGUCUGGUCUUUGCGACAGUUCUGUGGCGUGAGCUCCUUCGGGUUGGACAGGGAGGAAAGCAAGUUCCAGGAUGAGAGGGUCCUGCAGCUGGUGGGCGCUGAGGUCAGCAA